UCAUCUUUCUAGUUUUCAUGCAAACGUGAUCGACACCAUGGACUCAAAGACUCUCUAUACACGGCUGGCUAUUUGUAUCCUGGUCUAUAUCUCUACAGCGUCUUCUCAAAGUGACACAAGCUGUGUUGGGAGAUGUGGUGAAGGGUAUUCUCGAGGGCGUGCCUGCCAUUGUGAUUAUACCUGUAUGUCUUUUAUGGAGUGUUGUCAGGACUUCAAGACAGUUUGCACAACAGAGGCCUCAUGCAAGGGACGAUGCCAUGAAGGGUUCAUAAGAGGACAGGCUUGUGAUUGUGAUCCCGGCUGUGAAAGUUAUGGCAGAUGCUGUUCAGACUACAAAGAAUCUUGUGCCAAACCAACGGAGCGUCACUCCCCACCACCUCGCAGAGAGUCCUCGCCAGCAGUUGAUGAAAGAGAUAGGACACCUGAGCCUACAAAAAAACCAAAUGAUGAAAGAGAUGACUACCCUGCAGACCCUGAUCAAGAUCCUGAAACAUCCAAACCUAGGUCCCCUGCAAAGAAUAAAAAGACGCCUGCCAAAAAGCCUAAGAAAAACCCCAAAAAGAAAAAGGUUCUUGCAGAAUCAGAAGAAAAAAUUGAAGAAUCUGAAGAAAAUGUGUCAUCUUCAUCCUUCUCUUCUUCGUCUUCUUCCUCGAGCGUGAAGGGAAGCAAAACUACCAAAAAGCUCUCAAGGAAAAAUCUAAAGAAAAAUAAACCAGGAGAUGAAGAUAACCCAGAUGAUGAACCAAAAAAGAAACGUCCAACACCUGUAGAUGAUGAAGGCAAACCCAAAAAGCCCAGAAGACCAAAAAUGAAAGAAGAGAAGGAUGACCCAGAAAAUCCAGAAACUCCACCAGAAGAACCAAAUCAACCUGAUGGCAAAGAAGACAAACCAAAGAAACCUAAAACUCCAAAAGACGGGGAUGAAGAUGAUGACCCAGACAGAAACCCAAAAGAACCAAAUCAACCUGAUGGUAAAGAAGACAAACCAAAGAAACCUAAAACUCCAAAAGACGGGGAUGAAGAUGAUGACCCAGACAGAAACCCAAAAGAGCCAAAUCAACCCGAUGGCAAAGAAGACAAACCAAAACCUAAAACUCCAAAAGACGGGGAUGAAGAUGAUGACCCAGACAGAAAACCAAAAGAACCAAAUCAACCUGAUGGCAAAGAAGACAAACCAAAGAAACCUAAAACUCCAAAAGACGGGGAUGAAGAUGAUGACCCAGACAGAAACCCAAAAGAACCAAAACAGGGGCUACCUGAUGACAAAGAUGACAAACCUAAAUCCCCAGAUGGCAAGGAUGGAGAGGACACAGAUGGAACACCUAAAGCUCCAAAUCCAGGAAGUCCUGAUGAUGAAGAAAGUAAGCCUAAGACACCUAAAGACCCAAAAGAAAGAAAGGGAGAUGAUUCACCAGAUCCUAAUGGUACGCCAAAAGAUCCUAAUCCAAUAGAUCCAGGAGACAAGGCAGGUAACCCUAAGAAACCUAAAACCCCAAAUGAAAAGGGUGAAGAUGAACCAGAAGGGCCUGAUGGAAUACCAAAAGAGCCAAAUCAGAAAGGCACUCCAGACAGUGAAGAUGGCAAACCCAAGAAGCCCAAGAACCCAAAAGAAAAGGAACCCAGUGAUAGCACUGACCCAGACAGCAAACCAAAAGAGCCCACAAAGGGAAAAUCCCCUUCAUCUGCAACACCACCUCCUGAUGAAGACAAUAGACUACGAAAACUGAAACUAGAAGAAGAGGAAGAAGUUACUACACAGGAUGAUUCUCUUGAUAAUAUAUCCUCCUCCUCUACAAAGAAUACAAAAAAACGCUCCCCUGGAAAUGGAAACAAGAAGCCAAAUAAACUGAUAAAUCCAGAUGAUCUAGUAAAUCCUGGAAAAGGCAAGAAUCCAAAAAAUAAGCCGUCACCAAAAGAUUUAAUCAAAAAGAAAAAGAAGAUUGAUUCUGAAGAAGAAAGAAAAGAAACUGUAGAGAGCGAGUUCUCAAGUUCAUCACAGUCAUCGUCUUCACAUCGCAGAAGCAAAUCAUCUUCAAGGAGAUUGUCAGGAAAAAAACAGAAAAAUAUUGAAGAGAAAAACAAGAAGAAGAUUCCUGAUGAAAAACCACUAGUGCCACCAAAGAGACGAAAAGAGAAGGAAUUUCCUCCAACACCUGAACCUACAUUUAAAGAUGAUGGUUCUGGAGAUGAUGGAAGUGGAAUGGACUUUUUCCAAACAUCACCUUCAACAACAACUGAAGUCACAACUAAGUUGACAACUAAGGACUUCCAAAGUACUGCUAAACCAGAGGACACCGUUGGAACAUCACCCAAAGCAUCCACAGAGAAAGAUAUAGCAUCUAAUAAAACAGCAACAAGCACAUCAACAAGCAUUUUACCUAGUGAAGAACAUACUUUAAGGAAUCCAACUAUGAGUACACUCAUACAACAUUCUACUUCUCCGGAGGACAAAACCAAACAACCAUCCCUGGGACCAGACAAGCCUUAUCAACUAACGAGCACAUUGGCCCCUGUCCAGGAACAAAGUACCAAAGACCUUAAAUCAUAUGGUAAUAGUCAAACAACAAAUUCUCAAGGAUUACAGGAAACUACAAACACAAGGUUAAGUGAUAUUAUUUCAACAGGACCAACAAAAGACCCAACUUCUAGUUUUAAUAAAAGUACCUCCCCAUCACCAACUAAUGUAGGGCCCACUACACUUAAGGCAGUCGAACAUACACAUAAUCUAUCUGGGGAAAGUACAACUACGAUAACUGUUGGAACAGAAACAAAAAUGCCAGACAUAUCAAGCACUCCAGUGGAAAGUAUUGAAAACAGGUUGAGUACUCAAAUGACCAAUGAAAAUACAUCACCAACUGCAGGAACAAAAAUUGAUACAACCACAAAGUCUGCUGGUGACACCCCAUCUUCAGCUUCUGUGCAGACAAAGGAGACAGUAACCCUAAUGGAUGGCGAUAUGGGUAAAAUUUCCACUGUCAUAAAUUUCAAUGAUGCUGAAUCACAAAAAUCCACAAUCGAACCAUCUGUAAGCCAUCAAGAAAGAACAACAUCCACUGAUGAGUCUCUGAAAUACACUACAAGACAACCUGAAAAGGAUCUCAAUCUGUUACCCAAGACUACAAUAAAACCCAAGACCGAUAUGGAACAAAGAAUAACCACAACUCAAAAACCAGAAGGAGCAACAACAAAGGAUGUCUUUAACUUUACUCCAAAAGAUAACAUGUUUACCAAGUCUUCAUCUACGAAUAUGCCUCAAUAUAGUCAAACACACAUGACCACAAAAUCACCUAUCCUGUCACGAAGUACAAACCCACCUGGUAAAGAAGAUUCCAUUACACAAAAGCCUAGGAGUUACAUUACAGCCAGACCAAUUGGCAUUGAAGAAAUGGAAAAUAAGAAUGAAACCAACUAUCCCUUGACCAUUGACCCAUUGCACAUCUGUGAUUUGCUAAAGGAUCCAGAAAACAAGAUACAAAUAUCAGAGAUUGAUCUCCAGCGCUUGACACAAGUAUGCAUUGAAAUGAGACAACCAGUAAGUACACCAUCAUCAGAGAUAAGGCAACCUGGUUCUGACCAGAUUAAAGUACCCUCACAUCACACAAUAACCACUAUCCUACAGCCCAAAUGGAAUCAGCCACCAGGAUCAAGAUUCAUACAGCUUAUUGAGGAAAUAAAAAGGAGGGCAAAUAUUCCUCAAACUCCAAAUUUAAUAGGAGUCCCAGGCCUACACACAAAUAAAUCAACAGCAUGGUUGUUGCUACUUAAUAAGUUCAGGAGUCCAAAUGACCCACAGAUGAACUUGUGCAUUGGACCUCCAGCAGAUGGAAUGACAACCCUCCAUAAUGGUUCAAUGGUUGUAUUCCGAGGUCAUUAUUUCUGGAUGCUGAACCAGGGAGGAGUUACAGAGAAACCUCGCAAAAUCAGUGAGGUAUGGGGCAUUCCUUCUCCGAUUGACACAGUGUUCACUCGAUGUAACUGUGGUGGCAAGACUUUCUUUUUCAAGGGUCCAAAUUACUGGCGUUUCACCAAUGAUGCUAUGGAUCCUGGAUAUCCAAAACAAAUUGUUAAAGGGUUUGGAGGACUUAAAGGUAAAAUAACUGCAGUGCUAUCAGUGGCUGGAGUCAAAACAAGGCCAGAGUCCGUCUAUUUCUUCAAAAACGGUGGGAAUGUUCAGAAGUACACAUAUCGCCAGGAACAGACUAAAAAAUGUUCCAAAAGAAAUCGUCCAGCAGUCCAAUACCCAAUUUAUCCACAGAACAUACAAACAGUGAAAUAUCGCUUUCCUCGGCAAAUCAUAAGACAACGAAUACAGAUACACAGAACUCUCACAAAUGUCAAGCAAGCACCUUUGGGUGUUCUUCAUGAAGAGGUUUCUGUUCGUUCCACUUGGCGAGGGAUUCCAAACAACAUUGUAUCUACUGUGUCUUUGCCAAAUCCUCAAAAGCAAGAUGGAUUUGAUUAUUACGUCUUCUCAAAAGAAAAAUACUACAACAUAAACAUGUCCAGCAAAGUAGCAGUGAAAAUGCCUACUCAGUCUGAACAGAAAACGACAAAGGAUUGGUAUAAGUGCAAGGAAUGAAAACAAGAAUAAAAUCUUUCUAAGAGAACUUUUUAUUAACAAAGACAAAACAUUUGCCUCUAUAAAACAUACAAAGUGCAUAAACGUAAUUCUCCAAUAAACAAAAAACAGUCAGCUUUUCACAAAGAAUGAAAUAGAGAUAGAGGAUAUAGCUACUGGCAAUUCCUAAUUUUCCUCCCAGA